CAUGGACGGUGGUCAAUUCACGUACCCACCCACCAAUCUAUAAAGGCGUACGCUGCAUUUGUAAUCGGCUCACUCUAUUGUGUCUAGUUUGUGUGAAAAGAACAGCUAUUAGGAUAUUAACAUGAAUAAUUUAUCGGUAUUAGGAGUUACUUUAAGUUUACUGUUGUCUUGCCAAUGUCAGCGACAAUAUCAACACCAACAGCCCGCCGCUCAGUACAACCAAGAAGAUAAUUAUAGUUACCAAAGCACGCAGCCACCUCCACAAAUUUUAUCACACAAACAGGCACUAAACCACGAUGGUAAUUUUAAAUAUCUUUUCACAUCUGAAAAUGGACUGGCACAAGGGGAAAGUAUUGCUCCAGACGGUUCAAGAAACGGCGGAUACAGUUAUGUCGAUCCCAACGGCAAGAAGAUCUCAGUAAAGUAUACAGCUGGAAAAGAAGGCUUCAGAAUCCUCGAAGCUGAUCAUUUACCAAAAGCACCACAGCCUGUCGCUCCACUACCGGUACCUGUUCAGCAACCCGCAUACCAACCUCAGUACCAACAACAACCUCAACAAUACCAACCAAGAGCAUAUCCUCAAUACAAUAGACAAGAAGAUGAUGGUCAAUACAGGCCAGAGUUGUACGAAAGGCCUCAACAACAGCUUAUUCAACUACCCUCUCAUCAAAGGGCUUCCUAUCCAGCACCUUUGGCUGUCUCUCCCACACCCAGUUCGAACGCUUUAGAAGAAAAAGACUAUUUCGACGAGCCUGGCAAGGCACACAGUUUCGGAAGUGGAUAUAUAUUUGAGUUCGCUGUCAAGGAUGCUCUCGACAUCGGCUAUCGUCACAUCGAUUGCGCCCACGUCUACGGAAAUGAACCAGAAGUAGGUGCUGCCUUGAAGGCCAAACUUGCCGAUGGUACAGUCAAACGUGGCGAUAUCUACAUCACCAGCAAACUCUGGAACACUUUCCACAGACCCGACUUAGUAGAACCAGCCGUGAAGACCACAUUGAAGAACUUAGGUCUUGAAUACUUGGACUUGUACUUGAUUCACUGGCCUUUUGCUCUUAAGGAAUCGGAUAUUUGUUUUCAUAUUUUUAAUAUUUCUGUACAGGAAGACGGAGAUCUUUUCCCAGUAAAUGCCGAUGGCAGCACAGCCUACAGUGAUGUGGAUUACUUGGACACAUGGAAAGCCAUGGAGGCUCUAGUCAAGAAGGGUCUUGUCAAGUCAAUCGGUAUUUCCAACUUCAACAAACGCCAAACUGAACGUCUUCUCGCUAACUGUUCAAUCAAACCAGUUACCAACCAGGUAAGUCGAUGA